AUGGAGAAGGCGCUGAUACCACCACCACGCAAUGGAGAGUGUGUCGAGGAUCCGGACCAGGCGGUUCAGACCAAGAUGUUCAAGUUUUCCAGGAUGCAAGAAAACCUAGAAGAAACGAUGAAAGAGGUAAACCGUUCCAUUCACCAGGUUGUGAAGAAUGCAAGGUUGGCUGUUGAAAAAGCUAACGCCAAUGCUGAUCAGAUGGUGUUGUUGCUUUCAAAGGUGUUGGUGCAAUUGUCCGGGGGGCUGUCCAUGGUGGCGAGCACAGAUGCAAGCCGGGAGGUUGGGCUGCCGACCAAAACCGAGCCAAAGGAUGGUGGAUCCGGGCGACCCCAAACGCGGUGGAGCAGUGCGCAGCGCUCGAGGGCGACGAGACUGCCAAGACUGGAGUGCCGCCGGGGGCGGUGGAGGGAACUUGGGUCAUUCAAGCUCCACGGAAGCUAG